GCAUAAGAUGCGCGCAAGCAGCUUCGGUGCGUCCAACACUGCGCAUGCGCAGUAGUAUACCGGCGACGGCAGCAGAAGCGGUUCCUACCGAAUAAUAUAAAACCCAAUCUGACAGGAAACAAAGACUCCCAGUGGGCGGGGCUUAAGAAGCGCGCAAGCAGCUUCGUUGCGUUCGACACUGCGCAUGCGCAAAAGUAUACCGGCGACAGCAGCAGAAGCGGUGGCCUACCGAAUAAGGGGAUUAUAAAACCCAAUCUGACAGGCUGCACAAUGAGUCAGAGCAAGGACAAUGCACGACUCAAGAGCUACAAGAACAAGUCUCUCAACACAGACGAGAUGAGGAGAAGGAGGGAAGAGGAAGGGCUGCAGCUCCGGAAACAGAAGAAGGAUGAACAACUUUUUAAAAGAAGAAAUGUGGCCACCGUGGAGGAUGAUGGCGCCCUGGAGGAUGAUGGAAUGGCAGAUAGUGGUUACCUGGAAUCCCAGGCUAACAACAUGGACCCCUCGGUGGGUGGGGUGAUUUCUGAAGAUAUGAUUCAGAUGAUCUUCUCCAGCUCUCCUGAGCAGCAGCUAAUAGGCACUCAGCGCUUUAGGAAACUUCUUUCUAAAGAGCCCAACCCACCUAUUGAUGAAGUUAUUGCUACUCCAGGGGUGGUGGAGCGUUUUGUUGAGUUCCUGAAGAGAAGAGAAAACUGCACAUUGCAGUUCGAGGCUGCAUGGGUGUUGACCAACAUUGCUUCAGGUACAUCCCACCAGACACGGGUUGUAAUCCAGGCAGGAGCUGUGCCCAUAUUCAUAGAGAUGCUCAGUUCAGAUUUUGAAGACGUGCAGGAACAGGCGGUGUGGGCCUUAGGAAACAUAGCAGGUGACAGCACUGAAUGCAGAGACUUUGUCAUUGACUGCAACAUUCUGCCAUCCUUGGUGCAGUUGUUGGCUAAACAAAAUCGUCUAACAAUGAUGAGAAAUGCAGUGUGGGCUCUCUCAAACCUUUGCAGAGGAAAGAAUCCACCUCCAGACUUCUCUAAGGUGUCCCCUUGUCUCAGUGUGCUGUCUUGGCUGCUGUUUGUCAAUGACACAGACAUCUUGGCUGAUGCAUGCUGGGCUCUGUCCUACCUAUCUGAUGGCCCUAAUGACAAAAUCCAGGCUGUUAUUGACUCAGGAGUCUGUCGUAGGCUGGUGGAACUGCUGAUGCAUUCUGAUUAUAAGGUGGUAUCCCCUGCACUCCGGGCUGUUGGAAACAUAGUCACUGGAGAUGAUCUGCAGACACAGGUGAUUCUGAACUGUUCAGCGCUGCAGUCUCUACUUCACCUCCUAAGCAGCCCAAAGGAAUCCAUCAAGAAGGAAGCCUGUUGGACGAUCUCCAACAUCACAGCAGGGAAUCGAGCACAAAUACAGAUGGUGAUAGAUGCCGGUCUGCUUCCUCCUCUCAUUAAUAUCUUGCAAGUAGCGGAGUUUCGCACAAGAAAGGAAGCGGCUUGGGCCAUAACCAAUGCAACAUCUGGGGGCUCUGCAGAGCAGAUUAGAAACCUAGUGGAAAUGGGCUGCAUAAAACCCCUGUGUGACCUGCUCACACUCAUGGAUUCCAAAAUAGUUCAGGUGGCUCUAAAUGGUUUAGAGAACAUCUUGCGACUGGGAGAACUGGAAGCCAAACGGGGAGGAGGCAUUAACCCUUACUGUGCUCUCCUCGAAGAGGCCUAUGGUCUGGACAAGCUGGAGUUCCUGCAGGGGCAUGAGAACCAGGAAAUCUACCAGAAAGCCUUUGACUUGAUUGAGCGCUACUUCAACACCGAGGACGAGGACCCGUCUCUGGCCCCAGCCGUGGACCUGCAGCAGCAGCAGUUCCUCUUCCAGCAGUGCGAGGCCCCGAUGGAGGGUUUCCAGCUAUAAUGUCCCCCUGUGCUCCACCGUCAUCCUCACCUACGCUCACUUCUCUCAAUCUUUGCCCACAGCCAACAUCCAGGGUGACGACUCUUGGCCUCCCUCUUCUUCUCGCUGUCAGAAAGAUGGAUUUAAUCAUUAUCAUGAUUAUUAUAAAAACUUAACAUUACAGAGGCACACAAUUGUGCUUAUGUCCAACAUGGGUCAGUUUCUGAAGUUUUGUCAGCCAGAUUGUGAAGGUUUUACUCAUUAUUCUGUGUUGUGCCGACUUUCUUGGCAUCAGAAACCCAUAUUACCUUUGCGGGCCCCAGGGUCUCCCGUAAACAUAUCGUACCAUCAUCCCUUUAUUUUUUUAGUUUAGUUUUUGGAUUUCCUUCUCUGCUCAUGCGAAACAAGAACCCCUGCUGCUCCUCUAGGAUGGCAAGCACUUUCUUUGAGUCUGUCGGAGUAUUUGGAUUGCUUGUCAAGCAUUAAUCACUCGCAAGACGGACAAAUGUAGAUGUUUUUUUUUCCCCUUCCAUACACAAGGAGAGGAAUGAUCUAACCUAAGCACUGGACUGACCGUAAUGUUGACCACAUGUUCAACUGUGUCACAGGACUUAAUUGACCUUUACAAAAGGCACUUAAACGACUCAAAAAUGGAGAUUGAAUUCCUUCAACUCCUCUCUCUCUAAUCACAGAUGGACUAAUUAGAAACUUGACUGUGUUGCGAAGGAGUGGAGCUUAUCCGUGAUGAACCAGGCUGCCUGCAUUCCCACCUGGAUCUCGUAUCAUUCCUCUAACCAGUAUUGGGACUGUUCCACCUGCACAGGCUUCAUCCUCAAGAGUUUAGACUGCCUCCUGCCUUUUGGUGUGACAUGAAUAACCCCGUGGAAUCAUGGGAAUUGGAGUCUUCCCUCGCACUGAGACAAUUGGACGGACUUGGACAAGACAAAAUAGACUGAAUAACUCUGGAUUCGGUCCAGUGGCAAACCAGCGGGAAUUUUUAUUUUCAUAAACAUCAUUUUAUCAUUUUGUUUGCAGCACUUUAGUUCUGAACUGUUGCCUGCUCAUCAACGGUAGUUUCUACAUUAGCUAUUUAAUUAGUUGAUGACAUGGCUCUUCCCUCCUCAGGAAGUGAGGCGUAACGAGGUGUGGUCUGUAUCCACGGUCAACUCUUGGCAUGAGAAAGAUGUACGCUGGUUACACUUCCCAAAAAGGGACUCCAGUAGAUUGUAGACUGAAGCUGUCCGCAGACACUUGUCGCAAUCAAAAAAAAAAAAAAAAAUCAUGUUGUUGCAGCAAAGCAAGAAAACCUGUUUCUGACAAUUGGCUCAUUAGCUGUGAGCAGUCCAAAACGUGACACAUUCAGGUAGUAUUUUCCAGGUUUAUCAUGCCAAAUCAACACAUGCAUCAGUUCUUUGGCCUGAAAGUGGUCUUUUUUUUUUGUUUUUCAAAGACCAGAUUAAUUUUUUUCCCCCUACCGUUUUCCUUCCCUUUUUAAAUUUGGGGGUUAGCAUCUGUCAUGUAGCUGAUGGUGCCAUAAUCCUGAUAUUAAAAAAAAAAAACAACCAAGAAUCGUUCCAGAUAAUUUCAAUUAAAAUCAAGAUUAAAACUUGAAAAUUCUUGCGAUCACCUUAGUUAGCACAACUGAAUGUUUGUUUACCAAGUCCUCUUUAUGUUUCUUACUUUGUUAAAAUCUCAACAAGAGAUGUCUAGCUCUACAUGUUCAUUACUGUUUGUUGUAUUGAGUUUGUGCAUCUGUCGCCUGUUAUGCCAUUUGCAUAAAAGUUGUUUCAUUAA